AUGGCAGCUGUAGAAACAAUCCCGAGCCUUGACAGUCCUGUUAAGAAGGCCCCUGACAGUCCUGUUAAGAAGACCCCUGACAGUCCUGUUAAGAAGGCCCCUGACCCUGUUAAGAAGACCCCUGACAGUCCUGUUAAGAAGACCCCUGACAGUCCUGUUAAGAAGACCCCUGACAGUCCUGUUAAGAAGGCCCCUGACAGUCCUGUUAAGAAGGCCCCUGACAGUCCUGUUAAGAAGGCCCCUGACAGUCCUGUUAAGAAGACCCCUGACAGUCCUGUUAAGAAGGCCCCUGACAGUCCUGUUAAGAAGACCUUGACAGUCCUGUUAAGAAGGGCCCCUGACAGUCCUGUUAAGAAGGCCUUGACAGUCCUGUUAAGAAGGCCUUGA